GAUUUAUUGUACCCUGUUUAUCUUUUAAAAAUAUGUCUCUUCAAAUCAAACUGUUUGUAUCUCUAUAGACUACCUCCAAUAAAAAUUAACAUUGCAUGAAUCUCGACUCUGUGCUCCUGGAUCCGCCCCUGUUCCGACGCCAUUGCGGGGUAACGUGUCAUAAUUGACAAUCUUGACAUUUGUUUUCAUAACCUACAAUUUCGUCUUUUUGUUGGUGUUGCUUUUGAAAAAUAUUUUGAAUUUCAAAUAAACAUGGAUGAUGAAGCAGAAACCUACAAACUAUGGAGAAUACGUAAAACUGUUAUGCAGUUGUGCCACGAUAGAGGUUAUCUAGUCACCCAAGAUGAAUUGGAUCAGACCUUAGAGCAGUUUAAAGAACAGUUUGGAGAUAAACCCAGUGAAAAACGGCCAUCAAGGAGUGACCUCAUCGUUCUGGUAGCCCACAAUGACGAUCCAACAGAUCAGAUGUUUGUAUUUUUCCCUGAUGAGCCAAAAAUUGGGAUCAAAACCAUCAAAACAUACUGUUCUCGGAUGCAGGAUGAAAACAUCCACAGGGCUAUUAUUGUAGUACAAGCAGGAAUGACACCUUCAGCUAAACAGUCGCUUGUAGACAUGGCUCCCAAAUAUAUCCUAGAACAGUUUCUUGAAUCUGAAUUACUGAUUAACAUUACUGAGCAUGAACUGGUACCAGAACACGUGGUUAUGACACCUGAGGAGAAACAAGAACUUUUAGCUAGAUAUAAACUGAAGGAGAACAUGCUGAUGAGAAUUCAAGCUGGAGAUCCUGUAGCAAGAUAUUUUGGGCUGAAAAGAGGGCAGGUGGUGAAAAUCAUCAGGCCGUCGGAAACCGCUGGACGAUACAUUUCCUACCGACUAGUAUGCUAAUUUCAAAGUCUUGUACAUACAUUUUUAAGUGAACGUUUAUAUUUUUAGGAAUUGUGAUGUAAAAGUUUUCCCACGAUGUUUUCUAAAUGUACCCAUAGAUAGUUUUUGCAACAGUAAAUCAAAUUUUUGUCAUUUCUACAGACCUUUUUUAUAAUUUUCAUUAGUCAUUAGGUUAUUUGAAAAUGCCGCAGUCGGUUGAUAUACAAUAAUAAAGUUUUUUUUGUACCCAA